AUGCUCCAAGUUUCGUUAUUAUGUUUAAUAUUAUACGUUCAAUAUUCAAAUGCCACCCACACAAGUGAUGAGGAGGAUGAUUUAACAUUGAAUCUUGUUCAAGUAAUUUUUAGACAUGGACUGCGAACUCCACUUGAGAGAGAAGCGAAUAUUCUAAAUAUUACCGACCCAUCUUUUUAUGGAUAUGAUGAUUUUGGACAACUAACAGAAGAAGGAAGGGAGCAAGAGUACUUGUUGGGAAAAUUGCUCAGAAAAUAUUAUAAUGACCACUUGGGUGUUUACAACAGAAAAAAAUUAGUAGCCAGAAGUACCAAUGUACCUCGUACGAGAGAGUCACUAGAGCUCCUGUUAACUGGCCUUUUUUCUCGAACAUCUGUACCGUAUGAAAUCCCAGAGAUGAAAAAUGGAGAAACAGAUAUUAUUCUCUCACCAUACAUGAGUCCAAAAUUUAAAAGCAUUAACAAAAGUAUUCUAAGAAGUUCUAUAGAAUUUCAGAAGAAAUUAUUAAGUUAUACAAAAUUUGUGAAGUACUUGGAGUAUCAAACUGGACAUUCAUAUUUUCCCAAAAUUUUAAAUGUUUGUGGAUGGACAGCGUCGUUAAUACAAAUUCAUAAACUAUUAAAUAUACCACUUCCAAGCUGGUGCACCGAUGAAGUAUACGAAACUUCUCGAUCCAUACUACGCCUAUACUUUGAAAGUCUUUCCUUAAAUACGCAGUUAAAAAAAUUAAAUGGAGGUACACUUAUUAGGAGAGUUAUUGAAAAUGUGGAACAAAAUACGAGGAGGAUGAAAAAAAUUUAUUUGUACAGCACACACGAUACAACUUUGACGUCUUUUAUGAACGCCCAGGACGUCGUUGGUGCGUUUAAAUUACCACCAUUUGGUAGUGCUUACAUCGUGGAAAGUUACAAAGAUAUGAAACAUAAAUAUUAUAUUAGAAUGUUGAGUUGGAACGGAUCAAGUGACCAAUUUGUGGAGCUGGAAAUAAGCAACUGUGAAAAGUACUGCCCAAUUGAUAAAUAUAAAAUUCUAGUGGAAGACGUCAUUCCUACGGAUGAAGAGUUGACAUUUUUUAAUCUUGAUACCGCUGAGUCAUGCGGAACACAAUUAUAA